GAAGUGGAGGAAUUAGAGGAAGUGAAGAAAUCAACUCAGACAAGGGAUAAACUUUGGUGGAAAGAGUGCUCAAAUGGGAAGUUCUCUGUUAAAUCAUGUUACAUAGCUAUUCUCAAGGAUGAUUCAGAUCCAAAUCAGAUAGGUGGUGUUUGGGAAAAUCCGGUCCCUCCAAGGGUUGAAGUGUUUGCUUGGCUCGUGGCAAUGGACAGCAUAUUGACUGUGAAUCAUCUGAAAUCCAGGGGUUUUAGCAUGGCUAGCAUGUGCUUCCUAUUGCAAAGAACAGGAGGAAACUGUUGGAUAUCUAUUCCUCUCAUGUCAUUCUAGAGUCUUCUUAAUGGCCGCAAUAUACAGCCUCUUUAUCAUCAACAAAUCUGGGGGAUUAAUCUUCUACAAGGAUUACGGAUCAGCAGGGCGAAUGGAUACAAAUGAUAGCCUGCGGUUGGCAAGUUUAUGGCAUUCAAUGCAUGCGAUCUCUCAACAAUUGUCUCCCACUAUGGGUUGUUCUGGGAUCGAACUCCUCGAAGCUGACACAUUUGAUCUUCAUUGCUUCCAGUCACUUACUGGAACGAAAUUCUUUGUGGUUUGUGAACCUGGAACACAGCACAUGGAUGACCUCUUAAAAAUCAUCUAUGAACUGUACACAGAUUAUGUGUUGAAAAAUCCCUUCUAUGAGAUGGAAAUGCCAAUUCGGUGUGAGCUUUUUGACCUCAACCUCUCCCAGGCAAUUCAGAAGGACCGUGUUGCAUUGCUGGGGCGAUAAGCCUUUAUGUAGUGACUACCAGAUGGAUAGUCAAGCUCUGUUUAUUCAUGUUUUAGUAAUGAUGGCAUGAUAUAAACUGUUUUUUAUUGGCUUGUUUAAUCUAUUUGCUCAUGUUAAUUUUAUGAAUUGGUCAAUAGCAUAGUAAUUCAAGAGUUUUUAAACCCUCAUCCAA